AUGAACGAUAUUCUUAAACCGGAAUUGAUAUGGAUUGAAAGUAGAUGUUACAGAGUAAAUGACCCUAUCGUGGAUGUUUCUUUUCACCAAGAGCAUGACCUAUACGAAAAUGAUAUGCCCUACCAAGAUUUGCAAGAAAAUGAUGAUGACACUGAUUUUGAAGUUCAAAUGAUUGAUUCAGACAGAUACUGUACAACUUUUCAUGUAUCCAAACAUUAUUUAGGUAACAUAAUAGGUAAGAAAGGAGCAAUAAAAAUGCGUAUUCAAAGGGACACCAAAACUGACAUAAAAAUCCCACGAAUGGGAGAGAACAAAGAUGUUGUUAUUUAUGGUCCAACUAUUCCAAGUGUAAAAGCUGCAAGAAGGAAAAUCAAUAUGAUUGUUAUAUCGGCUAGAAUGAGGCAAAGAUCAACACACUUUAUAUCACUUCCAAUGAAUAGUGAAGAAAUAGUGAAGAAUUUUGACAAAUUUAAGGAAAUGGUGUUGCAAGAUUGUCAAGGUAGAGGGCUGCAUGAGUCUAUAUUUAUAAGAGCUAGUAAGUUACAUAUCACUGUAGGUGUAAUGUGUUUGAUGGAUAAUGAAGAAAGGCUGCUUGCAUCAAAAUACUUAGCAGAAGUUAAAGAACAUAUUAUGCCCAUGAUACAAAGUCACUUGCCACUUAAGUUACGAUUAAAAGGAUUGUCGUAUAUGAAUGAUGAUCCCAAAGAAAUACAUGUGUUGUAUGGCUCUGUUCAAGAAGAUGACGCCCCUAAAGGCGUUUUACAGGAUAUGAUCGACGCUAUAGCUCAGUUCUUUUUUAAAAAAGGACUUAUGGCAUAUGAGUUUGGUCGCGAUAAUGUUAAAAUACACGUUACUCUAUUAAACUCUAAAUAUAGAGGGAAAACAAUAGAAAACGACAGUCCAACAAAACAGCAAAGGGAAAGCUUCGACGGGUCUGAAAUAUUGGAGAAAUUCAAUGAUUAUGACUUUGGUGUUAUGGAAAUUAAUAAUAUUCAUUUAUCCCAAAGAAAAUCUUUAGCGCCAGAUGGCUUCUAUCAACCGACUUGCGUCAUAAGUUUAUGA